UUCCCCUCCAUAUAUGUGCCACAUUCUGCAUUAUCCAUUUAUUAUGUGAAGUCUUUGAGAACCACGUUAACUAGAAAUGGAGAAUGAGUUCGUGAAACGCAGACUUGAUACUAUUGCUGCCCACUUUGCUUCCAAUGAAGAUAUUUCAUCUACCCAUCUUCUGCCUAUGAAUUGCAGUGGUAGUCUGAACUCUGUGCUUAGGAGAUGUGACAAUAAGGUAUAUUUCGCACGCCAAUCAUCUGCUUCCUUUGGUUAUUUUAUGAGGCAGACAUCAGCUGAAGAGGGUGACUCGACAUCUUCUGUUGCUCCUAAAACCAAUAUGGCUAAAUAUGAAGGUCCUAAUUAUGCCAGAGAACCAUGUUUUGCAAGACCUGCAAGGAAAGAAUCAAUCGUUUCAAAUUCAGUUGUCCAACCAAUGACUAAAAUGCAAGGCUAUGAUUUUGAUUCACUUGAGCCACCUUCAUUUGCUAGGCCAAGCAAACAGAUUAGACAAGGAGAGCAGCUAAAUAAUGAGAAAAGAAUACACCAUUCUGAAAUUGGAAUCGAGUGGUCACCAAGAAUGGAUGUUGCAGAAUCAGAAAGUAAAUAUGUUAUCAUGGUGGAAGUUCCUGGUGUCAGUGUUAAUGACAUAAGAGUGGAGGUUGAUGAUCAAAAAUUGUCAAUCAAAGGUAGACGCUCUACCGGUUCUUGGAGAGUAGCAGGUUGCCCAAAUGCUUCAGUUUCUUCAUAUCACAAGCGAGAGAUACUGUAUGGACCAUAUGAGGUUGUUUGGCCACUUCCUCAUGGUGUGAACAAGGACAAUGUAUCAGCUGAAUUUUUGGAUGGAUUUCUACAAAUUAUAAUUCCUAAAGUUUGAAGCUCAGUAAUAUUGAUCAUAGCAGAGUUGGCAAUGUUCUAUAUAUGUGUCCAAUCGUGUGUGUAUAUAUAUAGUAUACAGUAAUUUAUUGAACAGAAAAUGUCUACAUGUAUCAGGCCGUUCACUUCCUGGACCGUCGUCAUGUAGACUAUAUAAUAAUACCCGUCACACCAUUUAAAUAAAUUUGCAAACUGUGUACAA